UGUCGCAGUGUCAUGUUACUUUUGCACCUGUGUUAACCAUAGACCCGCGCGCGCUCGCCUAGCGUACAGUAUACCAUGGGGCUACGCGUCAGUUACUAAAGAUGCGAAUGUACUGUACACACACGCGCUGCACAUUCUAGAACGGCGGAGAUAGACGGACACACAUGUCAGUGAAUGAAAUUACAGAACAGCCGAAGAGGAGUGUGAGAGUUGCUGAUAAGCCUUGCUAAAUCCCCGGCCCACAGACUGCAGCGCCGCGGAUGGAUUAUUAUUCCUCGUUAUAAAUGACAGACGGUUUUCCCCCUGCGACGCAAAAAGAGACACAUAGGCCGACAGAGUGUAUGAGAAUGUCUGCCUCUUGUUAUUAAUUUUGCGCAGCACAACGUGGUAAAUGUGCUGUCUCUUCGACAUGUUUGGUUGCCUGACGUGUUUGCCAACCACACUUUAGUUCGAACUUCGAGAAUGCGCAUUUGUUUUCUGAAAGUGAAAUAGACGUUACACAGUGACGUCACAAUAAGGCACAUCGAUUCAACUUAUGAGCCCCCAUGGUUUGCUGGAGAUCAUACUCUGUGACUACGCAUCGACAGGACUAAACCGGAGCUGUCACGGAAAGGAAUUGGAUACCACCCGUUGGCUGUUCAGAAACAACCGGCGACGCUGGAGACAACUAAUUCAAGGGCUCUAAAAUUCCUUCGCAAUAAGAGCAAACAGUGAGCAUGCUGGUGGGAUCUUAUAACAACGCAGGAAUGCAACCACGUUGAUUCCACGGUGUCUGAAAUGCCUCUCGGUCACCUUCGGAAUUAACGGACGACUUGCGCGUGUCCCUCUGACGGAUAGGCUUCUAAGCUGCCUCAUUAUAAACACGGUCGUCUACAGUAUUAAAACUGACAUCACAAGCAAUAACAACUGCUCCCUCUAACAACUGCUCCCUCUUGAAUCGACAAGCAGCACAGAUCAAUGAAGAAUGCGGGAGCGUUUCGGAGUGCUGUCCACCCGGAGUUAAUGAAGUCGGCGACGAUAUCAUGCGUCUUCUGCCCGACCCCAGCGCGCAGUCAUUGCGGCUGAUAUUCCUACUGAUAUUCGUUAUGGGGGUAGCACCGUCCCCAGCCCUGACCGCUGGUUGCCCUGACCGCUGCGUGUGCGACGACCAGCUAGUGGUCCAGUGCGCUGGGCAGGAGCUAACGCUGUUCCCCACAGAUCUCCCUCUCGCCACCCGGCAACUUAUCAUCUCCAACAACAAAAUUAGGGACCUCCCGGCUCUGCAGCUCAACUACCUGUCUGACCUGGUGUACCUGGACUGCAGCAACAACUCCCUCACCGAGAUAACGGAAUCUACCUUUGGCAACCUGCGCAAACUUGCCUAUCUGGACCUGUCCUUCAACACUUUGACUCAGAUCGAGGACCGGACGUUCGGGCCGUUGGCCAGUCUCGUUAUGCUUAGAAUGACAGACAACCCAGCACUCUCCGAGAUUCAUCCGGAUGCUUUCUCUGAAAACUUGGCGUUGCAAGUGCUGGACGUCAGCCGCAACAACCUGACUGUGCUGAACAUUAGUUCGCUCAUCGCAUUGCCUGCCCUCCGCUCCCUUGGCCUGAGUGGGAACCCCUGGCGCUGCGACUGCGACACAGAGGACCUCUGUCUCUGGAUCCAGAUAGAGGGAUUCAAGUUCCAAGAUGAGGGGCAGACGGUGUGCCAGGGCCCCCCAGAAAGGGUCGGGCAGCGUCUGGCCGAGGUGGGCAUGCAGCUGCGGGCAGACUGCCACCAGGGCCUGGGCUACUGGGACUACCUGUUCUUCAUCGCCAUCGGCUUCGUCAUCUUCUCGGCGGGCACGGUGUCGGCAUGGGUGAUGGGCGUGCUCAUGGUGCUCUACGAGCGGUACAGCAAGCGCAAGAGCGAGGAGCUGGACAGCGAGGACGAGGACGAGGACAGGGGACGAGGUGGAGCCGGAGGAGGCGGAGGAGGCCUAGGCAGUAACCACGGCAACGGCGACCUCAGCAAGCCCGGCAUGCAGGUGUGAGGUGUUUGCGUGGUGGGACGGGGGCGGGGGGAGAUGCGCCUCCCCCCCCCCCUAAUUGCCCUACCACCUGAUCUUCUGACACCCACCUCUUAACUACGACCACAGGAUGCUGCACAGCAUGAGGUUGAGGACGAUGAUGACGACGAGGAAGACCAACACGUUCUGACAACAGAAAGCUUCUAUGAUGAGAUUUUGGUUGUAUAUAAAGAUGCAUCCUUGCAAUGAGAAAGAGAGUGUCCGAGUAGUCCAAAGAUACAAAUAUAUAUAUAUAGCUAUAUAUAUAUUUAGAGAGAGAGAGAGAGAGAGAGAGAGAGAGAAAGAAAAGAAAAGAAAGAGUUAAAGAAUGAGGGGAUGGGUUGACACCCAUUAUUGCUGAGCAACUAGUAAUCCCCUCUCUUCCAGUGAACUGAUGUGAAAGCAUUCACAUCUCUCGUGUCAGUCAGGCGAGGUCGUCGGCAUAGCAACAAAAACAAAAUCUAACUCAACUCAAAUGUAAUCUGAACGGCACUUGUGUCAGAGUAGACAGGUGCUUCUCAGACUUCAGAGAGGCAGAACUCUCUCUUAUUCUGGACUGGCAUUGUCUGUGUGUAAGGGGGCUUUGGGAGAUGAGACCAGGGCCAAUCACACACAUACACACACACACACACACACACACACACACACACA